CUGCCCGGCUUCCUCGGCCUGAGAUGGCUCCGCAGCAACAAGUUCUCCAGGAAAUUGCGUACGGCCCGCACCUGGCAGCUGGGGCCUGCUCAGCCCCCGUUCGCACACUUGCAGCAGGUAGGACGCCUUGGACAGGAGGAGCACGCGGCCCCGCGUAGAGGUCCUGGAGAGGCCCUGCUGACAGGCGGCUGCUCGGUGCGCGGUUAGUCCGGGGCCAGACCCAGCGGGAUGUACUUGACCGAGCACUGAGGGGGAGAAGGGAGGCCGAGGGACAGCCGCAGGAAUGACAAUUGUGGAUGAGCAAUAAUUAUUGGCCGAGCCUACUAUGUCUUGGGAGUGCCUAAUGCACAAACAUUGGACUGCAAUGCAUACCAACUUUAAUUCAUUCGACCGAUGUUGAUUAUAACUCUUGAGAUGGUGAUAGUGAACUGCCUUCCAGAACCGCUGCAAUCCAUGUUGAUAGAUUCACAAUGCUGCAAGAGAGGAAAUUCUGCUACAAGAUGUGCUGCAGCAACCUGAAGGCUUCAGGAGCACUUCCCUAGUUUGCAAAUGGAGACUGCACCUGACAUCUGGGAAUACCUUCACCACCUUCAAGUUCCCCAUCAUGCUAACUUGCAGAUAUGUCACUGUUCGUUCAUUGAGUCAAAAUCUGAACUCAGUCUCUGAAGGCAUUCACCGUGGACUGCAGAUUUUACGAAGACCACAUUUUGAAGAACAGCCAAAUGAUGCUGACUGGCCUAUUCUGUGUUUCCAGGGAUGUGAGGUGAUUCGAAAUUUGCUCAUUGGAAUUCCAGCUGUCCAUAUUGUUACACAGGUUCUGGAACUUGAUUAGAUAUCCAAGGCAACAUACAUAGCAAAUCAUUUUUACAGCUUGAUGAAGGUAUUCAACAUUGACCUCAUGAAUCUAUUGUGACAGCGUGACUCACUAGCAUGUUCCAUCACCACUGUAGAAGAAACCCGGAACUGCAGCAGGAACUGCAAAUCCAAAAUGCUGUUGCAGCUGGUGAUGUUCAUACAGUGCGCAAGAUGCUGGAACAAGGCUAUUCUCCUAAUGGUCGUGAUGCUAAUGGAUGGACUCUGCUCCAUUUUUCUGCAGCGCGUGGCAAAGAAAGAUGUGUUCGUGUAUUCUUAGAGCAUGGAGCUGAUCCCACCGUUAAAGAUUUAAUUGGAGGUUUCACUGCAUUGCAUUAUGCAGCUAUGCAUGGCCGAGCACGAAUUGCAAGGUUGAUGUUGGAAUCAGAGCAUAGACCUGAUAUUAUUAAUGCUAAAAGCAAUGAUGGAUGGACUCCUCUCCAUGUGGCUGCCCAUUAUGGCAGAGACUCAUUUGUCAGACUUCUGCUGGAGUUUAAAGCUGAAGUUGAUCCACUCAGUGAUAAAGGCACAACUCCACUUCAACUAGCCAUUAUCAGAGAGCGCUCAAGCUGUGUGAAAAUUCUUUUGGAUCACAAUGCCAACAUUGACAUUCAAAAUGGUUUUCUGCUGCGAUAUGCAGUGAUCAAAAGCAACCACUCAUAUUGUCGAAUGUUUCUUCAAAGAGGUGCAGACACAAACCUUGGCAGGAUGGAGGAUGGACAAACUCCAUUACACUUGUCUGCACUAAAGGAUGAUGUACUUUGUGCACGGAUGUUACAUAACUAUGGUGCAGAUUGCAACACAAGGAACUAUGAGGGACAGACUCCUCUGGCUGUCUCUGUAAGUUUAUCUGGAACCAGCAGACCCUGCUUAGAUUUCUUACAGGAGGUUACAAGACAGCCUCGAAGUUUACAAGAUCUGUGCCGAAUUAGGAUUCGUCAGUGUAUUGGCCUUCAAAAUUUGAAAGGACUGGAUGAACUUCCUCUUGCAAAAGUCAUGAAAGACUAUUUGAAGCACAAAUUUGAUGACAUUUGAAUGUUGAAAGUUCCACUCUUGAGGGUUUGAAGUGAGUGCUGCCUUGCCCCAAGUACAUCCUAUGCAAUUCCCGAUUUGAAAUUUAAAGUCAAUACGGGUAUCAUUACCUCUCCGAAUUUAAUAAUUCCGUCUUAUUGGGCAUAAUACUGGCCUGCUCCGGGAAGAUCUGUGUUCACUUCCAAAAUAGUUCCAAGCUGAAAAACUUAACUGCCUGAGUUGGCAGCGUUCAGAAACUUUGAUUAUUUCUUCUCUCCAGCUUGACUUCUAUUCCAAUAUAAUGUUCAAUUAUUUUAACUACUGACUGCAAAAUUCAAUGUGCUGGAACAGGUAACAUUUGAAUGACAAAGUUAACAGAACAAGAAUGAACAAAGCAAUUCUGUUUGAAAAUAUCCAAAAAUGUGUUACUCUAAGUUAGUCUGUAUCAAGAUGGAUACAAGUUAAAUAUUUCAAAUUGAAGUGAAAACAAAGAAUCUGGAAAUGCACAGCAGGUCAUUCAGCAUCUGUGAUUAGAACGGAGACUUGGCAUUUUGUCCCUAAUGUCCUUCUUGAGAAUUGAAAAAUAAGAAAUAGAAAUGGAAAAUACUGGAGAUGCACAGCAGGUCAGGCAGCAGGGGUGGAGAAACAAGCAGAGAUGGUGUUUCAGAUCAGUGACCUUUUAUUAGAACUGGAAAAAGAUAUAAUGGAUUUUAAGAAUGUAUUGAGAAAUAGGUAGGGUGAGUUGUAAAAAAAAAAGGAAGAGGAAAAUCGGACAUUAAUAUCAGGAAAAUUAGAGUAUGGAAAAGAUAACAACAAGCAGCCCAACAAACUCUGAAAGUGCCAGUGUAAUAAAUACUUUGCAUUACAUCAGUCAAGUGAAAGAUGGGACUGUUGAGGAAGGAUGUGUGAAUGACUAAGGAAAGUGAAGAAACAGAUUAUGGGUGAGAUUACUUGACUGAGAUGAUCAUCUAACAAAGAUUCCACUGGUACCUUUCUUCUUUCCUUUCCCUUCCUCUUUACUAAUUAAUAUGUUCAUCCAUUUUUGUUUCUCUGUUCUGAAGCAUAUAAUAGCUCAAAAUGUCUGCCACAUCCAAAUUUGUGUUUUGACAAGAAACAAAAUUUAAAGGUGCUAUAGUGAUUUAGGCUUUUAUUGCCGUAUUCCCUGUACUUAUGUCUUCUCUUUUCCACGCCUUCCAAAGCUACUUGUGUUGCCCUUCACUGUAAUGCUCUGCUGUAUUGUCUGUGAUGCUUAGACAGUGGAGGUGCUAAGGUAUAGUAGAUGCUUUGAACUUGGAAAUUUUGUUUGGGAGAUGGAAGGAAAGCUAACCAGCGAGUAUAUCAUAAUCAGAUUUUCAUAUAAAUAAAUCUCUUCACUCAGCUUUGUUUUGUCCUUUGUGCCCCCUCAGGAGUUUGUCUGUUUACUAGUAUACAUUUUGUGAUAUUUUCUUGUCCUUAUCCAUGCCUUGCUCUGGAAUUCGCAUUCUCCAUUCUGUCUGCACCAUUAACUUGAUCUAUAUUGUCAGCUGACCAUAAUGUUGUGGUGUAAUGUGUGCAGCCAGUCCAUAAUUCCUUUUGUUUUUAAAGCAUACAACCAACGUAUGUUACAACAGCACUGAAGACAGACCAGUGUAAGUGAGUCAUUUUCAUGUCUGCCAAAUAUUUGUCCUUAAGAGGUAUUUCAGAGUAGAAGUAUCCUAAAAGCUUUACAACUUUCUGGAGUUGUAUGCAACCUAAGUUCUGUAUGUUUUGCUAGCAUCAAAUUUUAAGCAGAACAUUUAGUAUUUCUCAGUAUAUUUUGAACAGAUCUCUGGCAAUUGAAUUUCCUAACUAUAUGGGAAACGUUAAAGAAAUAUUUGAUAUUUGAUGACCUAAGGUUAAUAGUUAUACUUUUAAAAAGCUGUCUCAGAGCUAAGAACGUGACAGAGCGAAAAAGCUGGGGCAAUAUUUGUGGUAAUACUGGGCCAGUAUGGAUUUCCUUUCCAUGGAUUGCCGCCUUGCUGAGGUUGGGGUUUGAGUAUUCUUUUAAUUCCAAGAGCAAUGCCAUCAAGAGUAACAUAGGGCACAGUCAAGGCAAGUGCUCUGAAUGAUCAGCAACUGUAACACGGUGGCUGAAGCUAUGAAGUUCUAGUCAGUUAGAAUUCAGAUAGGAGGGUCCUGGCUUCCUGUUAGCCGUUACCCCUAUUCACUUCAAUACACCUUAAUAAGAGAAUUAGAGUUGGUCAGCAUGGAAAAUCCAGUCAGAUGAGGCUUUUGGAUUAAGGUGUCAAUAGAUGAAUAAUAAGCAUUCCAGAUUAGAGUAGAAUAAACUAUUGCUGCAAUUGCUUUGGAGAGAAUGAUCCAGACUUCAGUGCACAGGUCUGUUCUGCUUAAGUACUUAACAGUGCAGUUAAAUAUUUCAAUCUGAUAGCAGGUUGCUAUUCUCCCAGGCUGACAAGAUUCUGUUAUUGGUCAACUGUUUUUGUCUUCCUUUUUUUCGUUUUUUUUUUUCCCCACCGUCCUCAAUAAAGUAAAAUGCAGUUUGCAGUGGGAUCCUCUUACCAUUUCAAACUUUAUUGAAGCAAUUGCUAUGACUCAACACUGUAGGUUUCAACAGUUACACACUAAAAUAAGAAUAUGUUUUAGCCAUUAAGAUGUAAGAGACACAAUGCUUUUUGUUUUCCAGUUCUGUGAGGCCUGUUUGUAUUUUAAUUUUUAGGUGGUGCCAAAAUUCUUGCUCAGGUGAUAAUAUGAUUGAAGGUAGUGCUGAAUGUUUACUAAUCCUAUACAGUGACAUUCUUCUUUACAGAUACAAGUAAUUUCAAUUUAUCUACACCCUUAAAACACGUCAAUAACUUGUUGGCAAGAGCUAUGACAUGCUGCACUAUAACAGCUAACGGUCCCUGGUGAGUGACUCAGAAUUGAGUAUGUGACUGCAUGUUGCCUUUACUAAAUGCAGCAACAUGUAAUAUCAUUGAGAUAGCAGUGCAUUACAGCUACAGGCAUUAGUGUUCAAAGCAUUAGUAUCUGCCUGGCACAUCUCUCCCUGGUCUAACUCCUGAAUAUCCCUCUUCACUGACUUGCAAAUAAAAUGAACAAAUAAAUUAACAAGUCUUGAAGCUACAGCCCUGUAGAAAUCAUAAUUUUGUUUUAGUCAUCAUUUUGAAAAAAUAAAGUACAAUUUAAAGCUGAAAUUGUUUCUGAUCAUUUCUUUCAGAUAGCAUUAAUGUCAGGAAUACAAGUAAUCAGGGGUAUUUAACUGCAUUUGUUGCGGAUGUGAGAUAAACAUUGGUCAAUGUUCUUGGUCGCUAAUUUUGCCUUGGUCUUAUUCUUGUUUGAUAAUGAAACCUACUGUUUUCUGCCCAUAGCAGUCUAUUCUCCAGCUGAUUCUAGAGUUUGUUAAUGCCCAUUGAAGCUACAAUGCGUUUCCUUUGGCUAGAGCAUUUAGCUGAUGUUGGCAUAGCAUGUUGUAGUGAAGGAUUACUGUACUAUCAAGGUGUGUUGAAGUUCGCUCUUCAUGUCUUGAAAGUUUGAGAACUAUUUCUCUCCUUCCCGCCCUCUCUCUUUUUCUUCCCCUCUCUCUCUUUCCCUCCCUUCCCUCCCUCUCUCCCUCCCUCCCUCUCUGUACCAUCUGCAAGGAAUUUUAAGUGGCCUUUUGAGUGAAAUAUACAAACCUAUUAGAGUUGAAUAACUUUGAAGACAAAACUUCAUCUUCCAGUCUUAUAGGUUGGGAUCCAAUCCUUUAGUAAGUACAGAAAUAUAUAAACAUUUUUAAAAAAAAAAAGCUGGUGAGCUGUGAUGCAAAGGGAUCAUAGAUGUUAUUUUGUACAUUUUUCAUCUUAACUUGAAAUACCAAAGAGAAACUAAGAUCUUAAAAGAAUUCGUUGGAUGAAUUUUUGUUUGUACAGUUUUAUAAACUGGUAAUGUAUCAA